UUUGCUCGCCAUCUCUUAGGUUAAAACACAAGCCAAACGAAACCCCUGAAAAUUGUAGUUUGUUGCCUUCUCCGGCCAAACGAAAUCCCAGCAGUCGUCUUCCUCGUUGUGAUGUCGUUUGCUCCAACCGUUGGUUGCUGUCUUCUUCGCUGGAACAGAUUGAUCCAGCAAAGGAUCUCCACCCCAGAUUGUAUUUGUGCCCUUUUUUCCCGAAGCUGCGAUAUUGCACCACGAAACUGAUUGUAUGAAGUGCAGAUUGGGGGUUUUCUGCUGCGAUUUCUGCUGUCUGGGAAGCUUCGCAGCUGUUUUGGGUUUUGUAUGAAGUGCAGGUUGGGGGUUAUGUAUGAACUGUGUUGUAAUUCUUUGUUUCAAUCUAUAAAUUUUUUUUUUUUUAAAAAAUAUAUAUAACCUAAACCUUUGUCAUGAGUGAUUAAAAAAAAAAAAAAUUUCAAAUGCCAAAGAGUGUCUGCUACUUCCCAGAUGGACGAGGACUCCAGCUAGAUUUCAACAUUGCCUAGUCUCGUUUGUAUCUUCUUGCUGGAGUAGAUUGGUGCCAAAACGGUGCCGUUCGUUUGUGUCUUUUUGCUGGAACAGAUUGGUGCCAAAACGGCGCCGUCCCACUUAACAGCAAGAUCUGCUGUUAGACCCCCAACAGCAGAGGAGCUCCACCCCCUGGUAAACUCUCAACUGGAAAGAUAUGGAGUGCGCUGGAAAAGGAAGUAGAACUCGGUGUACCGGGCCGGCGAUCAAACGCUGUGGCCGCUGCCAAGCUGUUGGUUACUGCUCCGUCUCUCACCAGAUUUCACACUGGAGUAUUCAUAAAGGAGAGUGUGAAAGGUUAGAACAGCAUAUGAAGGAAGCCGAUGUCUUGAAUGAUUUCCCUUUUACAUUUUCUCAAGAAGCUACCGUUCAGGUGUGUGAGAAACUGGAGACUCGGUGUUCGUUUUUGAUCAAACGAGGAAUUCACCGUGUGGGAAUGUGGAUGUGCGAAUGCAAUUGUGGGACAUCUCUUGUUUCUUUAGAUCAUCCAAGGUUGGUGGAUGGUUGGUGUCUUUCAAGUAUGUUGUGCCCAUGUAAAGGACCUUUGUCUCCAAUUCCAGAGCAAUUAAAUAGUUGGAAGGAGUACUACGAAUGGAGGUGCAUUCCACUACAUUCUCCUGUUGCUUUGCUUCUUCACUGGCCUCUUACAAUAUAUCAGGCCAUUCAGCUUGCUGCUCUGCGAAGUUUGAUUCCUGAAACCAGUAAUGAACUGUUCAUACACUACCUAGGGCCUGAUAAAGAGCUUCUUCAACUUGCUGCCUUUGGGGAGCUUCAUGCACUUUUUCCUGGAGUAAAAGUGCAUAUGGAGCUUGUUGGACCUGCGAUCCCAGAGUAUAGGGAUGGCGACACAAUGGAUCUCCAUAGUUAUGCUCAUUGCUUUGAGGCAGACUGCAUUUGCAAAUCGUCAGAUAAGAAUGUCAGAUCCAGUUUAUUGAUUGGUAAAUAUUCAGCAGUCACAUUACGGCUUCGUACAGGUUAUUACCAUGACCGUUACAAAGAGAUAGCAAAGGUGUCCACCCAUAGCCUGUCAUGUAAAGAGGUUUACAUAGUCCUCUUGAUGCUUUUCACUUGGAUCUCUUCUCAUGAGAUCUGUUCCAUCGACAGGAUUCCUUUCCUCAUUUAAUCUUUGCUCCAAAUGCUGGUAUUGCUGCUUACCGAAGCUGGUUACCAACUAUUGAGUUAAUAAAGGAGAUGAAUGUCCCGGCGGUUUUUUCCGAUUAUUGCGAAGAAGCUUGCCAUCUGGCAACUGCUUGCAUAAGCACCAUAACUGGAUGUCCUCCUACCAUUCCUAUUCAGCUAAAUCCAUUCAGGCAGCCUCUGGUAGUGGAAGACAGUGCUCUAUUUCUUCCUUGCUACUCAAAUUGCUUUCUUUUUGGGAUGUGAAAUGGCAGACCAAUGAGUGGGAUAAGGUGGGUCCAUCAUUAUUUUUUCCAAUCCCUCUUUCCUAAUACCUAAAACAAACACACCUGCAAGAAAGAAUUGAGGACUAUUCGGUGCAAGGCCAGUAGCUGGAUUAAGGUUAAUAGACCGACCAUUCUUUAUCAAAGGCUCAGCAAGAGACGUCAUUACGUACGUCGGCCUUGUAUAGUUUGUCUGUAUAUUAUGAGUUUUAUGUUGUCCUAGCAAGUUCAGUCAAUGGGAUGGUUGUAGUUUUCAAAAUCACUUUUUAGCAGUGGAAAUCAUCCGAUUUUUAUUUUUAUUGUAUGUAUAUAUUGUUUAGAAGAAAGAGAAAGAAAUAAUGAAUCUAGAUUUGUAAGAAAAUACUUUUAAGUGAUUUUAAUUAUUUAAAGAUUACCAGCCCUGUAUGCAUAAGGAAUCCA